GAUGAAUUGAAGAGCUUGUGAUUUGCAGAGAGCUGAGGCCCCAGGGUGAAGAUGUCGGUGCUGUGGGAGAAGAGCGAGACAUGGAGGUGGAUUGUGAGGAAUUCGAGAGACUCGAAGCCAUUUUUCUUGGCCUUCGCCACCAUAUGCGGAGUAGUGCCUGGUGUAAUUGGAUACUGCGUCAUGCAAUUCACCAACUCCCGCAAUCCAGAGCUCGAAGCCCAACUCCGCAGCAAUGCUCGCCCCGAUUCCCUCAUGAUGGGGAAAGUAAAUCAAGAGAGGCUGGCAGAAUUUCUGGGGGAACUGCAGCGUAAAGAGGAUACAAAUGACCGGUAUGUUGCUGCUCUGAGAGGAGAGACAUUGACCAGAAAGCCCUAUGAAAGGAUCCAACCAAUCCCAAAGCAAAGCAACAUGGAAGCUAAGGAGCAGAAGUAGAUAAGUGGUCGGAUCAACCAGUGAUGAAUACUCCCUGUGCAAAUCUGUAUCCUUUGACAGGAGAAAGGACUAAGAGAGGUUUCCCUCUUUUCUUAUUCGAUGCAAUCAAUAUCCACAGGAAAUUGUGGUUCUGACUACUUUGGAACUAGUAUUUGUGUGUUUCAGGAAUCAUCAAAGACAUGAACUUUGUUUCAUUUUAGAAUUCGUUCUUGUUCUUGUUCUUGUUCUUUUUCCUUUUCUUCAAUCAGAUAAGCCACAGGCUUGGAAUUCA